GUUGUGCUAAUGUAAUGAAGGUAUACAAUAUGGAAUGUAGCUCUUUAGGGGGAUUAAUGUAAUAGUCUCAAUAAAUAUGAUAAUGAGAAAUCCCUUCCAGUAUGGGAUAUAUUCAAUAAUGGUUUUCUGCAUGAUUAAGAAUUUCAUAAAGUUUAAUCCGUAACAAGGUUAAGGUUAUUCUGUACUGUUAUUUACUUCACUAGUUAUUUAAAUAUAUCUUCCAGGAAAAUCAGAUGCAUCGUGCUAAAUUUUCCCUUACACCCAAGAGUGAAGUCAAGGACUUGACAGGUUCAAGUUUUCACAGUUACAAGCAAAGCAGUCUUCUGGAUCCCAUAGAAGUUUCUUCAUCUUCGGAUGAUGAAGAGGACCUUCCUAAUGAAAAUGUGUCUAAUCAAUUAGUCCUUUAUGAUCCUGUGACAAAUGGAAACAAUGCAAUUGAACUUCCACCUUAUCCUCUCCGGUGUGAACCUCCAAUGCAAACAAGAAGACAACCUUCACAUUCAAUUCCUAGAAUUUUGCCUUCAGUUGGUGCUUUCACUGUUCAAUGUGCAUCCUGCUUUAAAUGGAGGUUGAUUCCAACAAAGGAAAAAUAUGAAGAAAUCCGUGAACAUAUUCUUGAACAGCCUUUUGUUUGUCAAAAAGCUCUUGAAUGGCGACCAGAUGUAUCUUGUGAUGAUCCAGAGGAUAUUUCUCAGGAUGGCAGCAGGAUUUGGGCUAUUGAUAAGCCAAAUAUUGCGCAGCCUCCGGCUGGAUGGGAGCGACUACUAAGGAUCAGAGCUGAAGGAAGCUCCAAAUUUGCAGAUAUAUAUUAUGUGGCACCAUCAGGCAAGAGAUUACGCUCAAUGGUAGAGAUCCAGAAGUUCUUGACGGAACAUCCUGAGUAUACAAGAGAUGGGGUUACGCUUUCACAGUUCUCAUUUCAAAUACCAAGGCCAUUACAAGAAAACUAUGUGAGGAAGCGUUCCGCUAGACUUCGCUCUUCAUAUGAAGCCGGUGGACCUGUUGAACAUGAGCAAGUGACUCCUCUAGCAUGGUUAGGCCCAGAAGGCCAUUCUGAUUUGCAUGCUGGAAGACUGAGGCUUUCUGCUCCUUUCGUGGGAUCCCAUGAUCUUGACCCUAUCGGUAUCAGCCCUCCUGCAAAGAGGCAAGCGGCAACUCAGAACUUUUUUCAUAAAGAGGACCUGUAGUUAGAUGCUUGUCUUCUCGGUAGUUAAAACAGAAGGACCCUGAUCAAAUCUCUAAAUAUCCUUUUCGAUGGAGCAUUCAAGGUGUAAUAUGAGCUUGCCAAAUCAUGUGAAUAACAGUCCAGAGAAGGAACGUUGUCCUAGCGACUCGAGUUUCCUAGAAUUAGUAACCAUGGAGAUAAAGAUCUUGGCAUUCAUAGUAAAGUUGUAUUUUGCAUGUGGAAAGGUGUGGAAGGACUUUUAUUUGUACAAAAAUGGGUGCCUUCCCUUAUAGGAUAUUUAAGCCUUGACUAACAUUCUGAUGUGAAAAUAUGGCGGGUUAUUUGUUUGUAAUAGGAAGUUGAUGGUGUUUGUUCGUUA